AUUUGGUUUCUGUAUGAAUGACUUGUAUGGUAAUCGUAAUCUUGCUAUAUAUACAUAGCUUAACAAAGAAGCGAGAUAUGAACCCUAAUUAUAAUUCAGUUGUUGCAACGAGAGAGAUAAAGAAAUCCUGUGGAAGUUCAAAGAAGGAGUCACUGACUCAUGGGGACUCCUAUCUUCAUGGCAGCAGGAGCAAGAUUGCUGCCAGUGGAAGGGAGUCACCUGUCACAACAUCACUGCCAGAGUCAUAUACCUCGGUCUCUGGUCUGGUUAUUAUGAUGAUGUAGAUGAAGAUUAUGAUUCGCAGAAACGCCUUACAGGUGACAUCAAUCUCUCUCUAUUGGAUAUGGAACACUUACAAGCUUUGGAUUUGAGUUACAAUAACUUUACAACUAUCUCAUCUGAUUUCACUGUGAACUCUUCAACUCUCAAUUACAUUGAUCUAUCACACAACAUAUACCUUUCUAUCAAGAGUCUUGAGUGGCUCUCUCGCAUUCCCUCCUUGGAAUACAUAGACCUCAGUAACAUUGAUCUUCGCAUGCAAACUAACUGGCUUCACUUUGUGACGGUGCUUCCAUCAUUGGUGGAGAUCUACUUAGACAGCUGUAACCUUGAAAGCAUAAGUCCAUCUCUUGGCUAUGCUAAUUUUAGCGCAUCACUCCAGGUCAUUGUUCUUUCCGGUAAUUCUUUUUAUUCAGAGUUGCCUAAAUGGAUAUUCAAUCUUAGUUCUCAGGUCCUUAAGAUUGACCUUUCAAGUAAUCAUUUUAUGGGCCAGCUACCAAAUACGUUGCCAAAUCUUCAUUCCUUGACUAGGCUUGAAUUGCAUGAUAAUUACUUGAAUGGCUCAAUUCCACAUUGGAUAGGCCAGCUUCAGUAUCUUACCUCCUUUUACAUUUCUAACAACUAUUUUUCUGGAUUUCUUCCUUUAAAUUUGGGAAAUUUGUCAUCCCUAGUAACCCUCAUGGCUGAAGGAAAUCUCUUCACGGGAGUUGUGUCUGAAAGAAAUUUUGCAAAACUAAAGAAUUUAAGAGUCUUGUGGUUGGGAUCACCAAACACCACCUUUGAUUUUGAUCCUCACUGGAUACCACCUUUCCAACUUGUGGAGCUCUACCUUACACCAUUGCACCCUACACUUCCUCAGUGGUUAUAUACACAGACAUCUCUCAAACAGCUUACCAUUAAAGACUCAAAGUUCUCGUUUGAUGCUGCUGAUAAUAACAGAAACUUUUGGAGACUUGCAUCCACACUUAUGCAUCUCAUUUUGUACAACAACACCAUAGAAGGGGACUUAUCAGAAGUAUUGCUGAAUUCCAGCGUCAUAUCGAUUUCAUCAAAUAAUAUGAAAGGUGGUCUUCCUCGGCUCUCAUCCAAUGUUGUUUUCUUCCAGUUAAACAACAAUUCCCUAUCAGGAUCCAUCUCACAUCUCUUGUGCCAUAGCAAGAAAAUCAACAAUGAAUUGCAGUACUUGGACCUCUCUAAUAAUAAUUUAUCUGGAGGGCUAACAGACUGCUGGAUGAAUUGGAAGUCGCUGGGUCAUGUUAAUCUGGGAGGCAACAAUCUUAGUGGCAACAUACCCCCAUCAAUGGGCUUCUUGUCAAAUCUCACAGGACUGCAUCUACAUGAGAAUAACUUGUCUGGGGACAUAUCUUCUUCAUCACUUCAGUAUUGCCGCUCCUUAUCCAUCCUUAAUGUCCGCGAGAAUAGCUUCUCUGGAAACAUACCAAAGUGGAUGCCGCUGAAAUCUCAGGACAUAUACCCAAUUGCCUAA